AUGGGGCAUUCUAUGGGUGGCGGCGAGGUUCUUCUUUACAUGGCCUCGGGGCCCGCAGAUAUUCGCCAACACAUCCGUGGCUAUCUCCUGGAAGCACCAUUUGUUGACUUCAGCCCCGAGUCCAAACCGAGCGGACUCACCGUCUUCUUCGGGCGUAUGGCGGGAAAAAUACUUCCACAACACCAGAUGGUGAACAAGUUGGAUUGUAAGCUGAUAUCUCGCGACCCUGUAGUACAGCAACAAUUCCUCGAGGACGAGCUGUGCCACGAUACGGGCACGCUGGAAGGUCUUUCAGGGAUGCUCGAUCGUACGGGGCACCUUUCCACUGGCAAAGUGAAGAUUGGAGAUAAUGCUGGCGAGGGCGGAGUGACCCGAGUAUGGAUAGCCCAUGGUGAUAAGGACGGCAUCACCAACUAUCAUGCUUCGAAAGCGCUAGCGGACAGGAUCGAAGCGAAAGACAAGGAGUUCAAGACGUAUGAGGGCUAUUACCAUAGACUGCACGAUGAGCCAAAACCCGAAAAGGAGAUAUUUGUCAACGAUGUUGCUAGCUGGAUUUUGACGCGAUCUGUCGACCCAGUGCAAGUGGACGGCAGCAAGCCAAAGCUUUAG